AAAAACAGGAAAAGGAAAAUUAAAGGGAGUGGGCGACUUCGUCCACACACGGUAAACUCGGCGUGGCCCGCGAACGUCUCGGACAUCGUAGUAGUCUCUGCCUGCCGACGUGCUUUCAGUUACGAAAUCACCAAAUCUUCCUUUUUCUCAUUCUUCUUCUUAUUCUUUUGCUUUCUUUCAAUCUCCGAUUUUCGCGGUUGAGGUCCUGAAGAUACUUUUUCAAAUGUCGACAGAAGCAAAGUAACACGAUUCUGAUUCUCUCUUCUUUUUUCACGCCUUUCAAUUCCUGAAUGGGUGAUGUUGACGAGCUUUAGCAAGCACAUGUAUUGCUCUGUCCAAGUGGACCAUAUUGAUCCAAGGAUUGGAGUGGAUCACCAGUCGGCCUUUACACCAAACUGGACAAUUACUGUUUCAGAUGUGAGGAAAAAAACCUUUAGGAAAACCAUUGAUAAGAACAGUUAAAGUUAGCAACAUCUCCUUGGCUGUCACUGAGAGGGAUAUUAAAGAAUUCUUUUCUUUCUCUGGUGAUAUACAAUAUGUUGAAAUGCAAAGGGAGGCUGAAAAGACUCAGCUUGCAUAUGUCACCUUCAAGAAUUCACAGGGAGCAGACACAGCUGUGCUCCUGACGGGAGCCACCAUAGCUGAUCUUUCUGUCUCUAUAACACCUGUUGACAAUUAUCAGCUGCCUCCUGGAGCACUUCCACCUAGCCCGGAGGAAAAGCUGCACACUACCAAUUCUGCUGUUAAGAAGGGUGAAGAUGUGGUGAGCACCAUGCUAGCCAAGGGCUUUGUUUUGGGAAAGGAUGCUAUCAACAAGGCAAAAGCCUUUGAUGAGCAGCAUCACCUGGUCUCAAAUGCCUCUGCUACAGUUGCUUCCAUCGACCGUAAGAUGGGUCUGAGUGAGAAGCUAAGCAUUGGAACAGCUGUGGUCAAUGAGAAGGUUAAAGAGAUGGAUGAGCGAUACCAAGUGUUUGAAAAGACAAAGUCUGCCCUUGCAAUUGCAGAGCAGAAGGCAAGCAUUGCAGGAUCUGCUAUCAUGAAUAACCAUUAUGUAGCCACAGGGGCUUCUUGGGUUUCAAGCGCAUUAAGCAUGGUUACAAAGGCAGCUGAGGAUGUGAGUGUGAUGACCAGGGAGAAGGUUGGAAGGGCCGAGGAGGAAAAAAAGGAGAUCAUUUACAGGGAAAAGAUGGGGUUUGUUAACGAAUACGCACAGAUUCAUCUUGAUGAAUCACCCGCUGGUGAGCCUCCAAUAGUUCCUGUUGAUUCAGUUGAUGACUGUAAGCUUGGAAUGAUAUGAUUACUGUGCUCAAAAUGUCUCUCUACACUUGAUUCUUUUUCCCUUUUUUUGUAUGAUUUUCAUGGAUUUUUAGGUUUUACUUCUGUUUAUACACUUGAAAUAGCAGAACUGUACUCUGUAGAUUCUGAUUUGUUGUACCAUCGUUCUAAUGCUGUCCAGUUUAUCCAUUAUUCUCAUUUUCCCUUCA